UUAUUUUAUUGAUCAGCGAAGAUAAUUAAUUAGAAAAUCUGGCCUAAAUCUGUAAAGCGGCCGUGUCCACUGGGCUUCCCUAUUUAUAUUUUUAUUGCUUGCUCACUCAUGAUCUUCUCUAGUCUAUUCUACUCUUUGGCGCCAUUCAUAGACAAAAUAAAUCCUGAAAAAAUCAGUCAAAAACCAAAAUCAAAACAUUGCAAAAAGAAACAUUAACUAAUUUAACUUGGACUAAAAGUAAUUCGAAAACUGUGAUAACAUGUCAAGCAUAAAUUAUACAACUCGAAUCGAAGGCCAAACGAGGAUCAAUACCAUACUGUGGACAGUUCCAAAUUUUAUAAACCUGUUAGAAAAUAGGAGCUGUCGAGAAUUCAGAACAGACAAAUCAAAAGAUCACACCAUGGAGAUUAUUGAGGCAAGGUUCCAAUUGAAAAUGCAGUUCCUGGGUCGUGAUAACGAUAUUGUUGAAAUAUACUAUCUAUCACCAAAUUCGGUAUUUUUAAAAUCUAUCCUAACUAUAUGCCUAAAACGUUUUGAAGAACGUUCCAUAGUAAUUAAAGAAUAUCACACCGUUCAUGCAAAUAAAUGGCAAUAUUUAGCUACAUUAUUUAAAAGAGACAUUGGUAGUUACGAUGGUCGUGACAUAUUUUUGUUAAGCGAUGGAAGCUUGCGCUUAAAAUUCCAAUUUUUGGUUUCUAAUGAUAUAAAAAUCGAUCGCUCUAAUAUUUUCGAAGCUCAGUUAAGUAAUGAUAUAGAAAAUCUUCUUCAUAAUGGUAUGUUUUCUGAUGUAACAAUGAAGUCUGUUGAAGGGGAUGAAUACAAAGUCCAUAAAGCUGUGCUGUCCAGUAGGAGUGCUGUUCUUAAGGCUCAUUUUGAGCAUAACACAACUGAAUGUUUUACAAAUAGUAUUGAGUCUCCAUUAGAGGCAGAAGUACUUAGGGAAGUUCUUACAUUCAUAUACAGCGACAAAGCGCCAAAAGUUGAUGAAAUUCCAGAGAAACUCCUUGCAGCAGCUGAUUAUUACCAGCUGAGCAGACUUAAGGGCUUAUGUGAGGAGGCUCUACACAAAAAACUAACAGUAGACAAUGCUAUUGAGACUCUGCAAUUGGCUGAUUUACAUUCAGCUAAAACAUUAAAGCAAUUAACGUUAGAGUUUAUAAAAGAUGGUCAAGCUAAACUUAUUACAAAGACUGAAGGGUGGUCUAAAGUAAAAUCUGUUGAAUUAAUCAAAUGUAUUUAUGAGUAUAUAAUGGCAGAUGAUGCGGAAGCUGAUAUUAAGUAAAUAAGAGAUUUUUAUAGCAGCUUAUUUUUGAAUGAAGUUUUUAAUGAUUAUGAUAGUAGUAGGUUGAAAGAUAUUGUUAUGAAAUAAGAGUUGGCAUCUACAAUGAAAAGGGAUUAAGCAAGGAAAUAUAUUUUAUAGUGCAAAAAUUUUCUAGCAAUUCAUAUACACAUGCCUUUUCAUCUAUUUACAAUUUUCAAAGACAUAUUAAAAUAAAGCAAUAUUAGGAUAUUGGUAGCUUAAAUUGAUUAUUAUAUCUAUGGUUAAAGCUAGAAAUAUAAAGCUUAUGUGCUGGCUAACCUUUGUAUAAGUACAAAUUGUUACAUAAUAACUCCCAGAAAAUGUUAAAGUUUUUGUCUCACUUUCAUUAUAAGCAUUCUUACUCUUUGACACUAAAUUUUUAGAUUCUGUAUUUAUAUUUAUAGCCUGACCAGAAUAUAAAAACCCUGAACAUGUUGAAAAUGAUGAAACAAAUAAACACAUAUAAGUUAUGUAAUAAAGAAACCAAUUAAAACCACCUACCAGGCCAGGAAUUUUAUAUUCUUAUAUCAUUAGGAUAUACAUCUACACUGUUUUGUCUUCCUUUUAUUGUGUAGUUUCUUUACAUUAUGUUUAACAAUAAUUCUUUAAAGAAUGACUAAUGUCAGUAUCAACACAUUAAAGUUGUUUUCAAGUGAAUGCAUGGAUCCACUAUGCAUGCAUUGGCAUUUAAUGGAUGCAUGCAUGCAUAACUUUUCAAUAAAAUGGUCUAUUACUUGGUAAAUGCAUUUGCAUUGGAGUCACAAGCAAUUUAAAUAAAUAUAUUUAUAAUGCAAUACUAGGUUAAGAUGUUGUAAUUUAUAUUUGUUACAUUAU